AUGGAAGACCCUAAUCUUCAUCUGUCAGUGUUCUUGCAAUACACAGACAUUGUAAAAGAAAAUGGUGUCAGUUCGGAAGCUAUCCGACUACGCAUUUUUCCUUUUUCACUGAGGGAUAGAGCUAGAGCUUGGCUCCAGUCUUUACCCGCAAAUUCUGUCACUACUUGGAAUGAACUUAAGAAAGUCUUCCUGGCACGAUAUUUUUCACCUAGUAAAACCGCCAUGCUAAGAGCCCAGAUCAAUGGGUUUAGACAAAAAGACAACGAGUCCUUAUUCGAAGCGUGGGAGAGAUACAAGGACAUGCUGAGACUCUGUCCACAUCACGGAUUAGAAGAAUGGUUAGUUAUCCAUACCUUCUACAAUGGUCUCCUCUACAACACGAGACUUACAAUUGACGCCGCCGCAGGUGGCGCACUGAUGGACAAAGAAUAUGCCGAUGCCUACGCACUUAUCGAAAGUAUGGCUCAAAACCAUUAUCAAUGGGGAAGCGAGAGAGCCCCGUCAGAGAGAAUUUCUGGAGAGAAAUCUUCAGCGAAGAGUGGUAUGUACGAGAUAAGUAGCCUCGACCGCGUUAACGCCAAAGUCGAUGCCCUAACUCAGAAGAUCGAGAACCUGACUGUAGCACCUGUAGCCGCCGUGGCUACUGUUUCCCCAAAUUGCGAAAUAUGCGGGAUGCCUGGACAUGCUGCCCCCGAGUGCCAUCUUUUGGCAGGAGUUUCCCCCGAACCAGUAAACUAUGCUCAAGGAAACCCUUACUCAAACACAUAUAACCCAGGAUGGAAAAAUCACCCUAACUUCUCGUAUAAGAACAAUAGUGCCUUAUAUGCACCUGGCCAAGCACCUAGUAUACCUCCUGGAUAUCAAAAGGCACCCUUCGCUGCUCCUAACACCCCUAGGAAGUCUAACCUAGAAUUAAUGAUGUAA